ACCUGAAAUUAAUUUAUUUAAGUGAUAAACUGUAACGUGAACUCAGUUUUAAGAAAUAAAAUCAGAGGCGACAGAUUUUCAUUGUUACUUUGUGAAAUGCAUUUAACAUGCAUCAUUUCCGAUCGAGGAAAAAAAUCUACGUCAUUACGUGCUGCAUGUUGCAGCUUAUAAUAUACCUGCGGAGAAAGCAUAUACGAAACAGCUGCUUGAACAUCCAUUGCAUCCAUCAACUAUGGCACCCGAUAAAAAACAAAAAGGACGCAACAAGAAAAUUACCUUGAUUCAAAGUUCCAAGAAAGAUGAAAAAUUUUCGGCAAAUGGAACCACCAAUGGAUCGGCAGAAAUGACCGAAGAAGAGGCACUUUGUGCCAAACUAGAUGAAGAGGCAAGAAUCAACGCAGAAGCAAGAGCUUGCACCGGAUCACUUGCUGUGCAUCCACGCUCAAGAGAUAUCAAAUUUGCAAACUUUUCUAUUACGUUCUUUGGUUCGGAGAUGCUUCAGGAUACAAUGUUGGAGCUGAACUGUGGCCGUCGCUACGGUUUAUUAGGCUCAAAUGGAUGCGGUAAAUCAUCUCUUCUAGCAGUGCUAGGCAACCGUGAAGUUCCCAUUCCAGAGCACAUCGAUAUUUUCCAUCUUACCCGUGAGAUUCCAGCCAGUUCUAAAAGUGCCCUUCAGUGCGUUAUGGAAGUGGAUGAAGAACGUAUCAAGUUGGAGAAAAUGGCAGACGAACUUGUAGAACUAGAAGACGAUGAGUCCCAGGAGAGAUUAAUGGAUAUUUAUGACCGUCUAGACGAGAUAUCAGCGGAUGUAGCCGAAGCUAAAGCUUCACGUAUCCUCCACGGUCUGGGUUUUACAAAAGAAAUGCAGCAAAAAGCUGCCAAAGAUUUUUCUGGAGGAUGGCGUAUGCGAAUUGCUCUUGCUAGAGCUUUAUUUGUGAAACCUCAUCUGCUUUUACUAGAUGAACCAACAAAUCAUCUCGACCUGGACGCAUGUGUAUGGCUAGAAGAAGAGUUGAAAACAUACAAACGCAUUCUUGUUAUCAUUUCACAUUCGCAGGAUUUUUUGAACGGUGUUUGCACGAAUAUCAUCCAUAUGACCCAAAAACGCCUAAAAUAUUACACUGGAAAUUAUGAACAGUUUGUUAAAACUCGAAUGGAACUGUUGGAAAAUCAAAUGAAGCAAUAUAAUUGGGAACAGGAUCAGAUCGCACAUAUGAAAAAUUAUAUUGCGCGAUUUGGUCACGGUUCUGCAAAAUUAGCUCGUCAAGCGCAGUCAAAAGAAAAAACUCUUGCUAAAAUGGUAGCCCAAGGUCUAACCGAAAAAGCUAUUGAUGAAAAACAAUUGAACUUCUAUUUUCCUUCAUGCGGUACAAUUCCUCCUCCGGUGAUUAUGGUACAAAACGUUAGCUUCCGAUAUAACGAUAAAACACCAUACAUUUACAAAAAUCUGGAGUUUGGAAUCGAUCUAGAUACUAGACUUGCAUUAGUUGGGCCAAACGGUGCAGGAAAAAGUACAUUAUUGAAGCUAUUAUAUGGAGACCUAGUGCCUACUUCAGGAAUGAUUCGUAAAAAUUCUCAUCUCCGCAUUGCUCGCUAUCACCAGCACUUACACGAAUUACUUGAUAUGGAUAUGAGCCCUUUGGAUUACAUGUUAAAAUCGUUUCCAGAAGUUGUUGAACGAGAGGAAAUGCGCAAAAUUAUAGGUCGGUAUGGUUUAACCGGAAGACAGCAAGUUUGUCCAAUUCGACAGCUUUCCGACGGUCAAAGGUGUCGUGUUGUUUUUGCUUAUCUAGCCUGGAAAAAACCUCAUUUGUUGCUUCUGGAUGAACCUACAAAUCAUUUGGAUAUGGAAACAAUCGAUGCUCUAGCUGACGCUAUUAACGACUUUGAAGGAGGAUUAGUACUUGUCAGUCACGAUUUCCGACUGAUAAAUCAGGUGGCGAAUGAAAUUUGGAUCUGUGAAAAUGGAACUGUCACUAAAUGGAAUGGCAACAUCCUAGAUUACAAGGAGCAUCUGAAGAAUAAUAUAGCAAGAGAGGCGAAGAACUCAGAAAAAUAGGAAAAAUUUACAAUAAUCGAAUACCAACCAAAUUAAUUCAAUUAAACAGUAUAACAAAGUCCCAUAUAACAUAGCGCCUUUCUACAAACAGAAAUUAUAUAGACAAAAUAAUAACAACACAUAAGCAUCAUGCUACAACAUGAACUUUCAACGCCGUUUCAAUUCUUAGUUCAGAAGGAUUUGAAUUGUUUUUUUCUUCUGAUUCGCUGGCAAAUGUUCAGUUUUCUAAUAAUAGAAUAUAUUUUUGAUAAGACAGACAAAUUUUAGAGUGGUAAAGAAGAAAAUACAGCUGAAACAACAGGAUGCGCUUGAAAAGGAAAAUUCACGUACACUAGCUCGAAUCUAAUCUCGGCCACGUGCAACAGUAGAUUAGCACAAGCACGCGCAGCAAGUUCUACGAACUUCAACUUUUGUCGGGAAUAUAUCAGAAUAAAAUUAUACAUAAAAUAUUCUUGUUCUUGAAUACAAAAAAAAUAUCGCCUUUCGAUUUAGUAAAGUUAGUAUUUCAACAUAUGGCAACCGAAUCAAAAAAACGAGAAUAUCGUAUCGAACUGCAGCAGGAAGUAUUUAUUUAGAUACGCCCAAUCGCAGUCACCCACAUUAUAGUUAUGAUUAAUUUGAAGGCAAACAACUUAAACGGUUGAAAGUAAUUCGAUAUGAAUAAAAUUGCAUUAAACAUGAGUGCAUACAAGCUUUGAAUUUUAUUGAAAGUUCGAUGCCAAAUUUUUACAAGCGGUAAAAUUAAUUUGAUAUUGAAUUCUCCUAAUGGCAUCAUUGACAAAUUUUUGUAGAUCUGUUCUGUUGUAUAUAAUUCACCACAACGAUCAGUAUUUUAAUUUUUUGCUACACUCCCACUCAGAAUCCAUUAAAAUAAAACCAGUUACACAAAUUGAAAAUCUCAGAAUUAUUGGAAGAAAAAUAUUCAAUGUUUUAAUAGCUUAUAUGUUCUGUUCAGGAAAUCAAGUUUCGUCUACUACAAUAAAAAUAAUUACUAGAAUAAUCUUCGUUAUAUGGAAAAUUUUAAACUUUGUUAGGGAUUACGAAGCUGCUAUUUGUUUAGUUUUUUUGCAUGAGAGAACAAAGGAAAGAAAUAUUUUUGCUUUUGUCAACACGCAUAUUCUGAUAUUCUUCGUGAGUGUGAGCAUAAAACGUGCCUAACAACUAGUUUAGGAUAUAGUCUCGACUAGAUGGGUUACCGUUAAACCAUAUGGAUUAACAUCAGUUUAUGGUUAUUGAUUAUGCGGGAAGCCUUUACCGCAGGUUUAAAUUUCUAUUGGAAGACAUGUCUUCUAAUCUGGCAGCGAUGCUCUCUGCUUACACACCUAAAUAUCUCUUCAUGGUUCAGUAAAAUACUUUGCUGAAAGCAUAUCAGCAAACCGCUCGUUUGCUGGUUAACAGCAUUCUUUCCAAAAUGUUGCUGUAAUUCAGUUCCAAAAUUUGCUGAAUUACAAACAGCAAUUUUAUUUCUACUGUAAACCAGUAUUAAAUUGAUUGAUUUACUGAAAACCAGUAACCAAUUUAAUGAUUCACGAAAAUACAGCAAAACUAUUUGCUGAACACAAAGCAAUAAAUGAAUGUCUGCUGGAAAUCAGCGAGGAAAUCGACGCGUCAAAAAUUUUUACGUCACGCUGUCAUUAGUAAAAUCCGCCAAACUGCUGCGAAACUCAUACGAGAUUACUGCUAAGUUACUGAUGGCCGGUACGGGACCAUAGCUAAAUUACUGUUGAGCCAGUUUAAACGUGAAAGUAAAUAUGAAAAAUACACAUGUAUAGUUCAACAGUAAUUUGGUUAUGAUGCUGUGGCUGUGGGUGGGUAAAAGGUGGCGGUUGAGGCUGAGGGAAACAUGGUUCCUUUACUCUAACUGGUUCACCAGCGGAAUAUACUUUGCUUUGCUGAAUAUACAGCAAAAUUACCUUGCUGAUUAUUCAGUAAAUUGAAUUCAAGUUUGCUGAAGUUACAGUUAAGUGUUGUUAGUUGAAUGAAAUUCUGUAUUAAAAAAAAAUCUGUAUUAAAAAUCUGCAUCGAACAUGGAAAAAUUCAUUUCAUUAAUCUUUAAAAUUGAGAUUAUUAGCUAAGGGGCAUGCAAUUUCUGGUUUCUACUAUGUAUUAAAAGUAUGCGUUCUAAACAAGCAGGAGAGUGUGGAUUUAUUUGAAAAAUGAUCGAAUGAUCUGUAAUGGAAAAUUGAAAUUACCAUCUCGCCUUAUGGUGUUCAACAGCUCAGACCAAGUUAAGUCAUUUGUUUCUGUUGGAGACGACUGUAGCUGUCGGAGUGCCCCCCAUUUGUGAGUGCACUCCCCACGACGCUGAGCUCUCGAAAGACAGUUUCUGUCACUACGACGAUGCUGGUAGGCGCGUAUAUGAGGAGAAGAACAAUGGUCAUUGUUAGUUGUUGGCUUCCGUUUUAAGCAGUCGUCGAGUCACGAUAUUUUAGUAAUAAAUGUUGAUUUUAAUUUGUUUAA